AUGAUCGCUUCAUAUGUCAAAGGCAAUCAUCGUUACUGGGAUAAGUGGCUAUCAGUGUUCAGGUUUGCUGUUAACACUGCCUGGCAAAAGAGUACUGGAUUUACCCCAGCUGAAAUUGCUUUGGGAUGUAAACUAAAAGGACCACUAGAAAUAGCUCUAACAAAACCACCCAAUCCUAGCAAUCCCACAUACAAUACAGUGGAGAUACAGGAGAGCCUCAUCCAGCUUGUUAAAGAGAAUGUGCAACGAGCUCAGGCUAAGCAGAGACACUACUAUAAUAUGAGAAGAAAACAGGCUAUCUAUAAAGAAGAAGCUCUUCAACUCAACUCUUCAACUGUUCCAUAUCACCUUUGUACGGAUCUAUCUCGAACUUUGAUGUUUGAGUACAGCAGGCAGCUGGCUGGAGGACUUAUUGGACAUUGUGUGUUUGGAGAUGAAGAGGAGUAUGUGACAGUGCUGGAGGGAGAUUCAGUCACUCUAAACUCUGAUCUUACUGAAAUAAAGGAUGAUGAUGUGAUUCAGUGGUUUGGAAAUGAAAACACUGUAAUAGCUGUAAUCAAUAAACAGUUUGACAGAAUCACUGUAUAUGAUGAUGAUUUUGAUGGGAGAUUCAGAGACAGACUGAAGCUGGACAAUCAAACUGGAUCUCUGACCAUCACAGACAUCACAACUGAACAUGUUGGAUCUUAUACACUGGAGAUCAACGGUGUGAGAAAGAAAAAAUUUGAAGUCUUUAUCCCUGUAUUGACGUUACUGUCAGUGUCAGUGAAGGAGGGAGAUUCAGUCACUCUAAACUCUGAUCUUACUGAAAUGAAGGAUGAUGAUGUGAUUCAGUGGAGGUUUGGAAACACUUUAAUAGCUGAAAUCAAUAAACGGGUCGACAGAAUCACUGUAUAUGAUGAUGUUCUUGAUGGGAGAUUCAGAGACAGACUGAAGCUGGACAAACAAACUGGAUCUCUGACCAUCACAAACAUCACAACUGAACAUGCUGGAGAUUAUAAACUACUGAUGAGGGUUUCAUACAGAUUCUCAUUAAAAGCAUUUGCUUCUGUCUAUGACUCUGUCCACUGUUGUGGUCCUACUGAAGCUGUGAUCCGAUUGGUCCUCUCUGCUCUGGUGGGCGUGGCUACUGUCAUUCUUCUGGUUUAUGACAUCAGAUCCAGAAGAGCUGAACAACAUCAAGCACAUAUUCACACCUAGAAACCUAAUGGUGUCAUUUCUCACAAAAUAUUUGUGAGAUUUAUUAAUUUAUGGCUAUAUGUGUUCAUCUUUUUCAGAAAGUAUUGAAAUCUGAAGCAGAAUGUUGAACUUCAAAGGUUCUUCAUAAUAAAUAUUAAUGAUUAUUAGAGCUUCUGCUGUCUCUCUUUCAGUGUCAGAUUUUUAAAAAUGUUAUUUGUAAGGUUUCAUUGUUUAUAUUUCUCUCAGAUAAGACACAGAUCUCACUUUACUUCUACUGCUGUUCAUUUGUGUUUGUAUUUGCUUGUCUUUAUCAAUAAAGUUUUCUCACUCAGAUGUUCAAGAGUCUCUCCAUGUUUUAUUACA